CCAGCAUACUACCCUGUAGUCCUCCUUGAAACCUCCAUCCUCAUCUCCAUCUGCUCUGCCUGGUCCCUCUCAGGGGACAGUUAGAGAUACCCAGAGCCUGCUCAAGGAUGAUAAAAAGCCCUGCUCCACCCUUAGAAGAUAAAGGUUGGCUCCUGUUGCUAGGGCCAUUUGUGCUCAGAAGUGUAUAGGCUGAAGAACCGAGCAGUGAGCAACUGGUAAUGGGGAUAUCCCAGACGUGGUGUCUGGGAAGUGACUAGAAGCUUCUAGGGGAGGGUCCUGCGAGAGGGGUGUGUUGUGAGGUGGGUCAAAAGAUCAAGUUCCCAGUUCCCUGAGGCUGAGAGGUUCCUAUUUCAGUCUGUCAGAAAAUUCAAGGUGUUUGCAGUGACCUGGGAGAAAGACAUACUUCCAGAGGGUACAUAUACGGGCUGGAAGAACUUGCUAGUGUCCCUGUACUGUGUUUGAAGCAGAGGCUCUGUUUGGACUUUGAGGAGCCCUUCCAGCACUACGUCCCGGGUGUGCUUAGUACGCCCCAUCUGCCUCUAACAAAGCUCAGUCAGAAAAACUACGUUUCUCUUUCACUUUCACUCAUGAGAGUGUGCGAGGAGCUCCAGAGCCCGUCGGCCUCCUGGUCUGUAGUGUCUUGAUCAAGAAAAUGGAACCUCUCCCAGGAUGGGGGUCGUCACCCUGGAGCCAGGCCCCUACAGACAACAUCUUCAGGCUGGUGCUGUGUGUCUUCCUUUUGAACUUGCUGCAGCGUAUCUCUGCCCAGCCCUUGUGCAGACAGGAGGAGUUCUCUGUGGGGGACGAGUGCUGCCCCAUGUGCAACCCAGGUUACCACGUGAAGCAGGCCUGCAGUGAGUACACAGGCACAGUGUGUGCCCCCUGUCCCCCACAGACAUAUACCGCCCAUCCAAAUGGCCUGAGCAAGUGUCUGCCCUGCGGAGUCUGUGAUCCAGACAUGGGCCUGCUGACCUGGCAAGAGUGCUCCAGCAGGAAGGACACUGUGUGCAGAUGCAUCCCAGGCCACUUCUGUGAGACGCAGAAUGGGGAGCACUGUUCCACAUGCUUGCCGCACACGGCCUGCCCUCCAGGACAGAGGGUACAGAAGAGAGGUACUUACAACCAGGACACUGUAUGUGCUGACUGCCUAACAGGGACCUACUCACUUGGAGGGACUCAGGAGGAAUGCCUGCCCUGGACCAAGUGCGGUGCAUUUCAACAGGAAGUAACACGGGGGACCAGCAGUACAGACACCACCUGCUCCUUCCGGGUCGUCUAUGCUGUUGUGUUCAUCCUUUUGGGACUUGUGAUAGUGGGAGUUGGGCCAACUGCAUUUUUCAUCCACAAGCGAAGACAUCUGCACUCCGCAGGAGCAGCAGGAGAACACUAUCAGGUUUCCAGUCACCGAAGUUGGACUUGCUGCAACCGAGGAGGAGACAGCCUCCAACUGCACGAAUCCUGGGUGACGAGACACCUAGGAGACCUAGGUGGGAAGUUUCCAUAUGCCAGGGGAGCAUGGCAGAUGUCCUGGGCUGCUUCAGCAUUGCACAGCAGUGAAGAUGUAGUCAUGGCUCAUGGUCUAGGAGUUGCUUUGCCAUUCUUAGUGUUAAAUGGGGUCAUCUGCUCCCAUUCAAACACUAAGAGGUGGUGAUCCAAAGUCUGUAUCAAUGACAGCUACCACUGCCCCUAUGUCUUACUUCCUGGCUUUUCCAGUCAGCCCAUAACAGCUCUGUCUAAACCUUAGGCCUCUGUUUGCUCUGGAAAUGUUAAGCCUAGGCCUGCUUAUCUGGAGGGCUGGUGAGCACUGCCUCCUGGGGCCGGGGUGAUGAGACAUGAAUAUGACAUUAAUGGAUUUUAUUUUGAAGUUUCUGGGGCUGAAAUCUAGCCCAUACCAGGCAAGUACUUUAUUCCUGAGCUACAUUCUCAAUACUCUUUCUGUUUUUACUUUGAGGCAAAAUCACACGAAAUUGUCUGGGUCAACUUUGGACUCCUUCUGUAUCUUGGGAAAGCCUGAAACUUGACACUUCUACCUCUGCUUUUCAAAUAACACUGUGAUUACCUGCGUGGUUAUCCAGACUGGGCAGGCCAAUGCUUUGUAUUCUUCUCCUGUGUGUGUGUAUGUGUGUGUGUGCAUGUGUGCGUACACACACACACACACACACACAUACACACACACUCAUGCUUUAUCCUCUUUUCUGCUAGCCCCAGAAAAUCAGGUUUUGUCCUCUUGCUGUUUCACCAGCCCCAGAAAGUUUUCUGCAGGCUCCAGAGAACUUAAGUUUUACUCCCUCAGAUAAAAAUCUGCUGAGGGAUUGAUUAAUCCCCGACUGCAUACCUCUCCUCAGUGUAACUGACCUGUCGAAGCUGGCCUUCGGUACUUGUUCCAUAGUAGCUAACUAUCUUGAGCUAGCCUGGAGCUCACCAAUUCAGUUAGCUUGGUCUACCACUGAGCCCUGAACCCCGGGUAUACCCUUGGCUCUGUCUUCUCAGUGUUGGGAUUAAGUUCUGGAUAGCACUAUGUCAAACUUUUAAAGUAAAUUUUGUGGAUGAACUCAGUUUUAAGAACACAGGUCCUUAUGCUAAAAAGCAUGCACUGUAGUGACAGAACCAUUACCCUGGCUUCAGAAUAAAUUUCUAAGUUAUUUUAUACUUGUCAUAGGAAAUAAAUAUUUUUGUUACACGCCCUGUCUCUAUCUUGUGUCUCAUCAAACAUCUGUCCUGUGAGAAUGAUGGUGACUAUUCUAAGGUGGCUAUGUUCCCAUGUCACAACAGUCACUUGAUGAGGGGCCUCCACUGGCAGGAGGUGCAGCCACUCUUGCUGAUGGUUUUGUUCAUCCUGUUCAGUGAUUGAUUUCAUCACUGCCAUAUUUUCUGGCCCCCAUGUUUCUGUGGGCAUCCUUUCCAACAGGAUUCUUUUAACAUCUCCCAUCACUUCACCGGAGUGACUGCCCGUCAAGCCGACUGCUGUGUGCCAGUCCCCCUUCCCUCAUCCUGGCCUCAGUUCUUCUCCCAAGAACCGUGUCAGCUUGAGAUAAAUCAGGUAGACCAGUCUUGACUGACAUUGCUUUCUUUUUUUUCCUGGUCACUUUCUAAACCUUUCAUUCUGAUUAAAUUUCAGGGGUAAAUUUUCUGCCAACCACCCCAUACUUACUUUGCCUGUGUCUCCAGUAAAAUGCUCGUUGUAUUGUUCUAGAUAUGUUGGCCUCUGGCUUUGCUCUGACUACAUCUAGGGCCUGGUCCCCAAACACAAGGCCCAGGUUUCCCUGGAAUAGCACCGAAUGAUGGAGUUGUGAUUUUAAAAUUAGACACUGGGAUUACUGGGAGAUGGCGAAGUGGUUAUUAAACAAGACUUGGGCACA